CUCCCAAAUCAAUAACAACUAGGAAUAAAGUUUUCAUCAGCUUUUCAAUUUGUUCACACAAAAGUAAAGGAUGCCAUAAUCCAAUUACAGAAUCUAAUUCCAUCUUCGCCUACAUGCAAUGUUCCUUAUUUCUAUAUAAAUCUUUUUGUUCAAUCUCACAAUCUGUUCAAUACAUUAAAAACAAACUUGCUCCUUUAUUGAAGGCCUUUGCAGAAGAAAAGAAACAUUUGUUACUAAUUUUCUCCUCAGAAGUCAGAAUGACCAAUUUGGUAGAAGUAAAGGUUGGUUUGCACUGUGAUGAAUGUAUCAAGAAAAUUCUCAAGGCCAUCAAGAAGAUUGAAGAUAUUGAAACUUAUAAUGUGGACAAGCAGCUAAACAAGGUCAUUGUUACCGGUAAUGUGACUACAGAAGAAGUGAUUAGAGUUCUUCAAAAGAAUGGCAAGAAUGCAACACCUUGGGAACAAGAUCUUCAACCUCAACCCAAUUGCUGAAUUCACAAUCAAUUCUCUUACUAUUAUUAUUAUUACAAGUUUUCUUUCCCCAUAGAAACAUAAUAUAUAAACUAUUCAUGAUCAUCUAUCUAUAUGAAUUUGUAAAACCUACCCGAUGAGGCGGAAGGUGCCGACGGCGUAGAUGGCGACGGAGAUUCCGGAGGUGUCGCUGGCGAGGAACUUGUCGUUCCAGGUAGGGUUGUGGAAGUUUUGUAAUUCUUGUGACCUUUAUUAUUGUCAUAUAUUUUAUUUUAGGAUAAAGUACUAGUUGUGUUAAAUGUUUGGACUAAUUUUUAAUUUAGUUUCUAACAUUUUAAACGUCUUA